CGCACGCCCGACACAUUCGAAUUUGAAACGCGCACCCGUCGCUACCGCAUUUUUUUUCCCGCGGAACCGUCGCCGGGAUUGUUUCCCCUUUGGCGUCUGAUUGAUCCGAGGACGAUUCCGUGUAUGACCACAAAAAUUGCGACUGUAUCAUAUCAAAUACACGGAUGAAUGAGGAACCGGAUACGGACGGGUGGUUGCCAGAGUGGCCGUUGCAACCGCAUCUACCGCCACAACCGGAACCGGAACCGGAUCGGGAACAUACUGCAGGGCAUGACCACAAUCACCAGGAUCCACACGUGUUCCCUGCUCUUCGUACUGGCCGCCGCGGUCCAGCAGGACCAGGAGGCGGUCAGCGUGCCGGGUGACAUCAUCUUGGGCGGAUUGUUUCCGGUGCACGAGAAAGGAGAACGUUCAGCAUGUGGCCCGCAAAUCUACCAUAGAGGCGUGCAAAGACUGGAGGCAAUGAUGUUCGCCAUAGAUCGCAUCAACAACGAUUCGACCAUACUGCCGAACAUCACGCUGGGAGUGCACAUACUGGACACCUGUUCACGCGACACCUACGCCCUGAACCAGAGUCUGCAGUUCGUGCGGGCCUCGCUCAACAACAUCGACAUAUCAUCCCUGGAAUGCCACGACCACUCGAUGCCCCGUCCCCGAGUCAACUACUCCGGCCCGGUGUUCGGCGUGGUCGGCGGCUCGUACAGCUCCGUCUCGCUGCAGGUGGCCAACCUGCUCGGCCUCUUCCACAUACCGCAGAUAUCGCCGGCCUCCACCGCCAAGGCGUUGAGCGACAAGAGCCGUUUCAAGUACUUCGCCCGCACCGUGCCGCCCGACACCUUCCAAUCCAGCGCCCUGGUCGACAUCGUCAAGAGCAUUAACUGGUCGUACGUCUCCACCAUCUAUUCGGAGGGCUCCUACGGCGAGUACGGCAUCGAGGUGUUCCACAGGGAGGCGCAGGAGCGCAACGUUUGCAUCGCCACCGCCGAGAAAGUACCGAGCACCGCCGACGACCGCGAAUUCGACAACAUCAUCAUGAAGCUGAAGAAGAAGAUCAACGCCAAGGGAGUGGUUUUGUUCACCAGAGCGGAGGAUGCCAGGAGGAUAUUACAGGCGGCGAAACGCAUGAACGCAAGCCAUUCAUUUUAUUGGGUGGCCAGCGACGGCUGGGGCAAACAGCAAAAGCUGGUCGAAGGUCUGGAGGAGGUCGCCGAGGGCGCGAUCACCGUCGAACUACAAUCCGACAACAUACCCGGUUUCGAUGAGUACAUGAUGUCGCUGACGCCGGAAAAGAACCUGAGGAACCCGUGGUUCGAGCAGUACUGGGAGGACACGUUCGCCUGCGUGCUGGAGAAGAACGUGCCGUUGGAGACCAACGCCACUUUGAAGCUGUGCGACGUGAAUCUGAGGCUGUCGCAGAAGUUGGGGUACGAGCAGGAGAGCAAAGUCCAAUUUGUCGUUGAUGCAGUGUACGCCUUCGCUUUGGCCCUUCAUAAUCUCUACAAUGACGUGUGCAAAGGCUAUAAAAUAGCCGGUGUUUGUCCCGCCAUGACACAGUACGACGGCGGGGACUUCUACAAAAAGUAUCUGCUUAAUGUUUCCUUUGCCGAUUUAGCAGGUAGUCCGGUUAAGUUUGAUCACAGCGGCGACGGAUUGGCCCGAUACGAUAUUCUGAAUUACCAGCGCUUAAUGAAUACUUCUGGUUAUCAUUACAGGGUUGUUGGAAAGUGGUUCAAUUCGUUGGAAUUAAAUUCCGAUAUAUUGGUGUGGGAUCACAACUUGACAACAUCCCCGACAUCGGCCUGCUCCCUACCUUGCGAACGGGGCAUGAUAAAAAAGCAACAAGGAGACACGUGCUGCUGGGUGUGCGACAAGUGCGAGGAAUACGAGUACGUAUACGACGAAUUGACCUGCAAAGAUUGCGGCUACGGUUACUGGCCCUACCCGGACAAACUAUCCUGCUAUCCCCUGGAACAUCAGUACAUCAGAUGGGACUCCCCGUACGCCAUAGUACCGGCCGCAUUCGCCUGUCUCGGAAUAAUCGUCACGUUGCUGGUCAUGGGUCUGUUCCUGAAGCACAACGACACCCCAUUAGUGAGGGCGUCGGGCCGGGAACUGAGCUACAUGCUACUGUGCGGCAUCCUGAUGUGCUAUCUCAACACCUUCGCCCUCCUGGUCAAGCCCACGACGGUCACCUGCGUGGUACAAAGGUUCGGGGUCGGCGUCGGAUUUUCCAUAAUAUACGGCGCCCUCCUCACCAAAACCAACAGGAUCUCGCGGAUUUUCGACUCGGCUUCCAAAUCGGCGCAACGGCCAAGCUAUAUUAGUCCCAAAUCUCAAGUCAUGAUCACGUGCACCCUCAUCGCCGUGCAAAUUUUACUCACGCUGGUCUGGAUGAUUGUCGAGCCCCCGGGCACACGGUUCCAUUAUCCUAGCAGAGAUCAAGUAAUUUUGAAGUGCAAAAUCCAGGAUAUGUCCUUCCUAUUCUCACAACUUUAUAAUAUGAUUUUAAUUACAACGUGCACUGUUUAUGCGGUGAAAACUAGGAAGAUACCGGAGAACUUCAACGAGUCAAAAUUCAUCGGUUUUACAAUGUACACUACUUGCAUCAUAUGGCUCGCCUUUAUACCAAUAUAUUUCGGGACCGGCAAUUCUUACGAGACCCAGAUAACAACUUUGUGCGUGGCCACCAGCAUGAGUGCUACCGUUGCCCUGGUAUGCUUGUACUCACCGAAAGUCUACAUAAUUGUGCUACAUCCGGACAAGAACGUACGCAAACUGACCAUGAACAGCGCCGCCUACAAGAAAUACAACUCCGGCCCGGCUUCGACUUAUUCAGCUUCGACUCAGAAAGGUGCUGAUGGUACCGAGACAAUUGUCAUGCAGAAGGUACCUCAUGCUCCGAACACUCCAUCCAGGGGCUCCUGCACUGGAGCCAUAGCAGAACCCUCUGAUAGUGUUGCACUGCUCUAAAUAUCUCUUUUCGUUCUUCCCCUAGCUUCUUGCCAACUCUGUUUCACACAAAGCUGGGAAAUUUUACGUGUGCGUUAUGAUGUAAAAUUACAUAUAUCUGUGCUUAAAUAUGUGUAUAUCCAACGCGAUGACAUUCAUCAAGAUCUUCGAUGUCUCCCCUCUCUCCAUCAACUGUUAAUACUCCUCAAAGACUGGAAUAUGUUCUAAAUCCAGUCUUAAGAGAGUUUUUAUGGAAUUUAUGCCACUAGGUAUAAAAUAUCGAUCCAUCACCAACCAUGUUAGAUAGAAAUUGCAUUUCAUAAUAUAAUACGAAAUAUAUCCAACGUUGUUCGACGUAAACACCCAACUUAACUGUAAUCCAUCGAUAUAUAUCUGUGCAAUAUAUAUAUAUAUAUAUAUAUAUAUAUAU